AGAGAAAUAUCAAGAAAACUUUACUUUACUUGUGAAAUAUCAUCAAAAUGACCGACGUAGAUAAAUGGAUCAGUAUAGCCAAAAAAUGCAAAUACUUACCUGAGGAUGAUUUACGGGAAUUGUGCAAUAUUGUAUGUGAUUUGUUACUAGAAGAACCCAAUGUACAACCCGUACAGACACCAGUAACGGUUUGUGGAGACAUACACGGCCAGUUCUAUGAUUUAGAAGAACUAUUCCAUAUAGGCGGGGAGGUGCCCCAUACAAAGUACAUAUUUAUGGGGGAUUAUGUUGAUAGAGGCUACUACAGUCUUGAAACAUUGACUCUACUUAUGGCACUGAAGGCGAGAUAUCCUGACAGGAUUGUACUUCUCCGAGGGAACCAUGAAACUUGUCAGAUCACCAAAGUGUAUGGAUUCUAUGACGAGUGCCUCAACAAGUAUGGAAAUGCAAAUGCAUGGAAGGAUUGCUGUCGAGUGUUUGACUUACUCACAGUUGCAGCUUUGAUAGAUGAGACAGUGCUGUGUGUGCACGGUGGUCUGUCACCGGAGAUAUCAAUGUUGGACCAGAUCCGCUGUAUAGACAGAAACCAGCAAAUACCUCACAAGGGAGCCUUCUGUGACUUGCUGUGGUCAGAUCCAGCUGAUGUCAAAAUGUGGAAAGUGAGUCCCAGAGGCGCUGGUUGGCUAUUUGGGAGUUAUGUGACUGAAAUGUUUAUAAACUUGAACAAUUUAAACCUUAUCUGCAGAGCUCAUCAGCUUGUGAAUGAAGGUUACAAAUACAUGUUUGACAAGCGCCUAGUUACAAUAUGGUCAGCCCCAAACUAUUGCUACCGCUGUGGCAAUGUGGCCUCAAUAAUGGAAUUCAAAACAGUAAAUGAAAGAAAUGCCAAGCUGUUUCAAGCAGUGCCUGAGAGUGAGCGUGAAGUACCACCACAAAACACAACACCUUAUUUUCUUUAAGUGCUAAGAAAUGUUAUUAUAGUAUUCCC